UUUACUCACCAUCAGCAAUCAAUUGCAUUAUUCACUACUACUUUCGCUUCAUUAAGCCUUUACUUUAGAUUUUGAAGAACAAAAUAAUCUCUAGGGUUCUUCCUUGGUUUCCACUUCCACAUAUCUACCCAUAAAUUGAAGAAAAUGGCCGCAUCAUCAAGUGCCAUGCAAAUGCAAUCCCUCCUUUUAGCAAGUCCCAUGACUGGCCUUGGUAGUAAGAGACAAAUGGUUCAGUUUUAUAACGUGAAACCCAUGCCUCGUUUUCAAAGGAAACUCAAUCUUCAAGUUCGCUGUUUGGCAGAGGAGGGUGAUCAAAAGGAGCCAAUGCCAGCAGCAACAACGCCGGAACCUAAGCAGAGCCCUCCACGGAUAUCACCCAAAGUGAGCACGAAAUUCUCUGAUGUGUUUGCCUUUAGUGGGCCUGCACCGGAGAGGAUCAACGGCAGGUUGGCAAUGGUUGGGUUUGUGGCAGCGCUGGCAAUGGAGUUAUCCAAUGGUCAAGAUGUGUUGACCCAAAUAUCCAACGGUGGGAUCCCGUUGUUCGUUGGGACUAGUAUUGUGUUAUCGCUUGCAUCUUUGAUACCGUUGUUUAGAGGUGAGACGGUGGAGUCAAGGUCCGGUCAGUUCAUGAGCUCGGAUGCUGAGCUGUGGAACGGGAGGUUCGCCAUGUUGGGACUUGUUGCCUUGGCUUUCACCGAAUAUGUAAAGGGCGGAACCCUAGUGUAGGUUCUAGUUGGUUUCGCUUUUUGUACGUUGUUGAUCUCAAUAUGUGAACGAUUUUAUCAAGCUUAAGUCA